AUGGAUUCUUGGGACUUGCUAGAAAAGAAUUACUAUGCUGAGGUCAACCUCUUACGUUGUGGGAAGAGAAUCAUGGAUUACGAUACACAGCGCGACCGCGAAGACCUUGAGAAGACGCAGAGGAACGCAAGCAAAGCCAUACAGUAUAUUAAGCAAGGAAUCCUCAAUGUGAGUGUUACAGAGAGGUGCAGGCAUGAAAAGUACACAGCCCCUAGUUAUAUAUUCUCGAAGAAAAUCCCCGGUCUUACGAAGCCAACCCAAGAAGCGGCAAGAGAAGAGAUGUUGAAGUACCUUGAAGGUUUGUUCCGGGGAGAAUCAACGCCAGAUACCAAACAGAAGCCACAGGCAGAACUUCGUAUUCUUGGUAGGCCCCAAACUGAGGACGGACAUACUUUCGUAUCACACCAAUGCGUGAGCGAUACAUCCGACGAUUGGUUUGAUAAAGAAGUGUGCGACUGGGUUAACAGUGGCCGGUAA